CCAUGAAGGACCGUCUUAGUGAGCUGCUGGAGUAUUCAAGACUUCAUAGUCAAUAUGUUCAAAAUGGUGAAGAAGAUCUUUCCCAAGACCUGGCUAUGUUUGAAACAGACCAUUCUUUAGAAGUUCUCUACAAUGAUAUACAGCUCAUUCGGACAGAGAACCACUUACUGAAAGUUGAUAUAAAACGACUGGGGAAGCAAACCACGCGCUUUCUUACUUCAAUGCGUCGCCUUAGCAGUAUCAAAAGAGAUUCAAACAGUAUUGCUAAAGACAUUAAGCUACGGGGAGAAGGCAUCCACAAAAAACUUCAAAGCCUCAAAAACCUUAGUGAAGAUGCUGAGAGCACCCAUGGGGAGAAUGCGGUUUUUGCCCGUGUAGCUAAAGCGCAGUAUAUUACGCUCACACGUGCGUUCCAGAAAGCCAUGGUUGACUACAAUGAAGCUGAAAUGGUUCAGAGGGAGAACUGCAAGAUCCGCAUACAGCGCCAGCUGGAGAUAAUGGGCAAAGAUGUAUCUGGAAACCAGAUAGAAGAUAUGAUGGAACAAGGGAAAUGGGAUGUCUUCUCUGAAAAUCUUCUGUCUGAUGUUAAAGUUGCCCGUUCAGCCCUUAAUGAAAUUGAAACCCGACACAAAGAAUUACUAAAGCUAGAGAAUCGCAUAAGAGAGGUCCAUGACCUCUUCUUACAGAUGGCCCUGUUGGUUGAAGAGCAGGCUGAGACUCUUAACGUUGUUGAGUUAAACUUGGAAAAGGUUAAAGAUUAUGUUAGCGUUGCCAAAGCUCAGAUCAAACAAGCUGUGGAAUAUAAGAAGAAGAAUCCAUGCCGUCAAUGUUUCUGUUGUUGCUUUCCUUGCUGUAACUAAACUAAAAUAAUACAAAUGGCGGUGUUAACAGGCUGGGAUUUGCAAAGGAAAAAAAACAGUUGCAAUGUACAUGGACCUCAUUUACAAC